UUAAUUUUCUUCUAUAGAAACCUGGGAGUACAAAUAUUUUUUCUUCAAAUAUCGUAAGAAUGUCUUCUAUUGAAGUAUACCUCAAAUAGCGUGGUCGUAUCAUACUAUCUCAAAUAACCGCUCUGCAUUGUGGCAUCUCACUAGUCAACGCCUUCUAUUCCAAUCCAUCUUUCUCAGUUCAAAACCAGAUCGAUAAUGGCGGCCAAAGUUUACAUCGUAUAUUACUCUAUGUAUGGACAUGUGGGGAAACUUGCAGAAGAGAUAAAGAAAGGGGCCUCAUCUGUAGAAGGUGUUGAAGCCAAGUUGUGGCAAGUGCCAGAAACCGUUUCAGAUGAGGUACUUGCAAAAAUGAGUGCACCUCCAAAGAGUGAUGUGCCUUUAAUUACACCUACAGAACUGGCCGAAGCCGAUGGGUUUGUUUUUGGCUUCCCUACAAGGUUUGGUAUGAUGGCGGCUCAAUUCAAAGCAUUUCUUGAUUCAACUGGAGGUCUAUGGAGAACCCAACAGCUGGCUGGCAAGCCCGCUGGCAUCUUCUACAGCACUGGAUCCCAAGGUGGUGGGCAGGAGACAACCCCGUUGACGGCCAUAACACAGCUUGUUCAUCAUGGUAUGAUCUUUGUUCCCAUUGGAUACACAUUUGGGGCGGGCAUGUUUGAGAUGGAGACCGUCAAAGGUGGAAGUCCUUACGGGGCUGGAACUUUUGCUGGGGAUGGCUCCAGACAACCAUCUGAACUUGAACUCCAGCAGGCUUUUCACCAGGGGAAAUACAUUGCCACCAUCACCAAGAAACUCAAGACUGCUGCUGCUUAAGUUUCUUCUCUUAAAUUAAAUUAAAUUCAUAUAUAUAUAUAUAUAUAUAUAUAUUAAUCUUUUGACUAUUAAGGGUAUACAAUUUUUACAUACUAUUCUGUGAUUUGAAGUUUAUAAGAUGGUAUAUGUUUUUCUUUUAUGUACAAAUCGAGUAUUCAUUACUAUGGUGUGCUAUGGACUGGGGAUCGGACCAGGGACCAGACCUGAA